AUGAAAAAAAGACCAGCUCUCACCUCAACUUCUUCAAGUAAAACUGCCGACCAGCUCUCCCCUAAACCUACUUCUCAAGACACUACCUCAAACGAAAAUACUCCUUCCAAACUAAAUACUACCAAAUCAUCACAACCCGAAAAAAAAAUAAAACGAAAUAAAUUCGUAGAAAAUAUAAUCCUACAACUCGAUGAAAUACUCGAACCCAUUAAAACCAAAUUUGAAGAAAUACCCAAUAAAAAAAUAAAUUACAAUCAGUUCAAAUACAUAAUUGAAAACUCGAUCGGCAUAUCAAAUCCAAAGACAGCACUGAAAAAUUUCAACAUUACAAUGAUCGAAAUGAUAGAGAUCAUUAAGCCUAAAAUCAAAACCCAGAAUAUAAAAACAGAUUAA